AUGGGCCACGCACAAUCUAAACGAGCGAAAGAAUUUUAUGAGACGUGUCGUGAUGGAAAUGUUGAUCGUGUACGUGAACUCUUGUCAACAUUGACUUACGAAGAAUUGAACUGUUCAGAUCCAACUACUGGACACAGUCCAUUACAUAUUGCCUGUAAGAAUAAUCAUGAUAAAGUUGUUCAACUUCUGUUGGAACAAAAGGCAUGUAGUCGAAUUAUCAUCAAUAAAGAUGGCACUACAGCUCAUGAUAUAGCAACGUCACCAAAUAUACGUUCCUUAUUUGCUCGUCAAUCUGAUAGAGAUGUAGAUACUCGUUUCGUCGAUAAUUAUGAUGAACGUUCUUCAUUUCAACUGGCAUCAAAUAGUCCAUCAUCGACUAAUUGUCCAAACAACUGGAACAAAGGACACAACACCGUAACAGAAGCUAAAGAUGCUCAGUUAAUGUUAACUUUAGCACAAUUAAAAGAUCCAAUUAUGAAACAAUUUAUCAGCAGUCGUACAGAAAAAGAAAGCCAAGAACGUAUUUAUCUACUCAUCUAUUGUCACAUUCCACCUUCACAUAAACAACGUGAACUUGCCGAAUAUUUAUAUGAACAGUUUAUAAGUACUAAAUCUGUUAUACCAUUGCUUACCUUGUAUUCCCUUGAAACGCCACUUUACCAUGCAUUACAGUCGGAUGCUGAUGCUUAUACAUUCCUCCUUUAUCUACACCUUAAACAACUUCGUAAACAAGCCUUUAGUGGGCAUGUAUAUCGUGGUGCAAAAAUGUCACAUGCUGAUCUUGAUGCUUAUCGCUGGGCUCUUGAAAAUUCGGCCAUUCUUGAAACGCGCAGUCUUCAGUCAACAUCAAAACGUAAGGAUGUUGCUUGCUCUUUCGCUCCACCACUUCCUAUAACUGACCCGAAAUUAGCGAUCAUUCUACACUUCAGAAUUGAUCAGAUCUGUUCAUCGGCGAUCGAUCUAAACGGAAUAUCGCAUUAUCCAGGAGAAGAAGAAGUCCUACUGUUACCGUUUACUCUUUUUAAAGUAGUAUCAAUUGACCAGCAUACUAUAGGCUUCAAUCAACAAUAUGAAAUUCUCAUGGAAAACAUACCUGUACCGAAAAAUAAGAUAUGGAAAAUAAUAAGAGAAACUAAUUAA